CUGUAGGUGAAAUAUGUCUGAGUCUUCCCCCAGCUCGCUUGGCAAAGGAAACCAUUCUGAAAACAGAUUCCUGCAUACAACACAGAGUGGACCUCAAAGUCCACCGGAAUGUGGUUGCCGGGGGGAUUUUGGAUUUCGAGGUUAUCAAGGCCCACCUGGACCCCCAGGGCCUGCUGGAAUUCCAGGAAACCACGGGAACAAUGGAAAUAAUGGAUUACCUGGCACAGAAGGAUCGAAAGGUGACAAAGGAGACAAGGGGGACUUGGGACCCAGAGGAGAGCGAGGCCACCAAGGACUUAAAGGAGAAAAGGGUUACCCUGGCAUCCCGCCAGAACUUCAGGUUGCAUUUAUGGCUUCAAUGGCAACCCACUUCAGUAAUCAGAACAGUGGAAUAAUCUUCAGUAGUGUGGAAACCAACAUUGGCAAUUUCUUUGAUGUAAUGACUGGACGAUUUGGAGCUCCAGUAAAUGGGGUGUAUUUCUUCACCUUCAAUAUGAUGAAGCAUGAAGACGUAGAAGAUGUGUACGUGUACUUGAUGCACAAUGGCAAUACAGUGUUCAGUUUAUACAGCUAUGAAUCAAAAGGAAAAACAGACUCAUCAAGCAACAGCGCAGUACUUAAACUCGCCAAAGGAGAUGAAGUGUGGUUGCGGAUGGGCAACGGGGCACUGCAUGGAGAUCACCAGCGCUUUUCCACUUUUGCUGGGUUUCUUCUUUUUGAAACCAAAUAGGUCUACUCACUGAAAACACAGUAUUGUUAGUUGGUUUCCCUGCUCUUUGGAUCAGCAUGGGAACGUACCAAAAUCCCAGGGUCUGUUUUGACAUCAGUAUGCUGUUAACUAUGAAAUGUGACAAGAUAAGGUUAGGCCUGAAUUUAUAUAUGCCUUUUUAUGACAUUUUGUAUCCCACUGCACAUUCUUGCCCUCUUGCUAAUGGUUACUGAAUAGUUACUGAACACCUACUCUGGGUAAUUUAAUAGAGUGAUGACUGUAGUCUUUUCUUUUUCCAUUCCAAACCGGCAAUUUUCAUCUGACCUCGUGCUCUAAUGGAUGUUGCAUGGAUAGACCUUUAAAUGGGGCGUCAUUGCGUCAGUGAUUAAUGUAUGAUCAGGAGCUCCUGUAUUCUUUAAAGACAGAAGCAUAGCUACGUAUCCAUUUCCACUCAGCAAUCAUAGUACAACAUGGGGAUAUGCUUAUCCUAUAUAUGCACACAUAUAUAAAAACACAGAGAGAAACAAAAUUGGCAGGAGCCUAGUUGCACUUUUUCAGACAGUUUCAUGAAAAAGCAGCAGCUUUCCAGGUGAAUCCAGUGAACCUUGACCAUAGUUAGCAAGCAACUUUUAAAACACUAUAGCAAUGGCUGUGAGAUUUUUCCCUUUGGUUUAAGUAAUUGAUCGAAGCUUGCAUUUAACUUUUUGAAUGUCCCUCUACUAGGUAAAGUUGAAUUGGUUGGCUUUAAGCAGGUGGGCAGAACACUCCCAAAACGUGCGCGUGUGUGUGUAGAUUCUGUGGCAAAUGAAGCAGACCCUGCUUGCCUCCGUCACUUUGGUUGAAGAUUUGCAGUGGAUUUGCUAAUUUCUCCUUUUUCUGCUGAGUCUUUGAAAAAUAAAUAUGUCAGUUUCAGGGCAGUUUUUUAUUUCCAUCCUGACUGAAGGCAUGUUUAAGGAACAAGCGAUAGACUAUUAAAUCUUGCAGCCCUGUAUAGCCUAACGUUUAAUUAUAAAUUGGUACCUUGAAGAUCUUAGACUUAGCGGGAGUUGUAAUCUGUAGUAGAUAUCAUUAAAAAAUGUAGCCUUGCUUAGAAUGCACCAGAGAAGAGUGUAACUUCUAAAAGUAUAUUAGCGAGA